AUGGCUUCACGUAGUCCUUCUUCAUCUUCAUCAGACUCACAGCCUGAUUCACUAUCUUGUCUUCCACUUCCAUCUUUCUCAUCCCUUCUCCUGUCUUGCAUCCAGGCCCGCAAGACCAAGACCAAGACCUGGUAUCGCCGCCGACGAAGCCCUAACCCUACCUCAUCUACCUCGACAAGCAGCAGCAACAGGGAUUCCGAUUGCAUCCAUCCCAGCACAGCAUGUACAUGCACAUGCACCGCCCCUCCAGCAUACACAGACACCGAAAAGCAGUCCAGGCCGAGCCCCCAUCCUACCAUCACAACAGCCAACACAAACACAAACACAAUCUCCAUAACGCAAACAACCACCACAACGACCUCCAUCCGCAUCGUCGACCCCGACUCCUCCUCAGACUACGACUCCCACUCCAUCACAUCCGCCGACACAGACGUAUCCGUCUCAGACUAUGGAUGCGAGUGUGGGUUCGGCGGGUACGAGCAUAACUGCGACGAGGACAUCGAAGACGCAGACAUCGACAUGGACAAGAUCGCGCGGGCAUCAAGACCACUCCCGCCUCUUCCCGUGCAGACUCAGAGUACAAGUUCAUCGAGAAAGAGCCGCGAGAUGAGAACGAGACCACGCCUCUCUUGCAUCGAGGAGACGAUCCCCGAGGAAGAGGAGGACGAGUACCUCGCCCAGCAGCAGCGAGAGCAAGAUGAGAACGAAAAAGGGAAAGAAAAACAGCACAAGCGCACGACGUCCCGGCGAAAGUCCAUGAUCGAGCUGUUCAAUCUGUCUUCGUCGUCUUUGUCUUUGUCUUCCUCUUCUGGACCAACAAUGUCCGGACCAGGAUUGAACCUUUCCUUCUCGAAUCUGCACUUUCGGUUUCCCAUGCCGCCUCUCUGGGGGAGCGGCAGCCAUCACCAGCAAUACCGGACGCAAGAUGUGGACAAGCAGAACGUCCCUGGUAGUGGUGAUAAAUGCGGAGCUGGGUCUCAGGGAAGCAUCCGUCUUCAGAAUGUCGAGCGACGAAGACCAAUGUCCAUGUCCGCCUUAUCACUAUCUUUCUCCGCGUCUCCGGCGACAGUCGAGACGUCGAUAUCUGCCUCGCCAUUUCACGCGGAGGAGGAGAAAUCGUCUCGGCAACCCCUUGACGGAGACGGAGACGGGAAGUGUGAAGCUGAGGCUCAAAGUGAGACAGAGGCAGAGGCCCCAGGAGCAACAACGGCAACGAAGAAAGAGCGCCGCAUGGGCACGAUCCUCUUCCCGCCUCUGGCAUUUCUUUCCCGGUGCUCUGUUGGGAACAGUGAAAGCACAAGCACGGUAUCGAUAUCGACAACAGCAAACGUCGAUUCUCUUUUUUGCUAG